GGACAGAUCAGUGCUCAACAACCACAACCACAACCACCUCCUCUGACUUGUUGAUCUCACACAUGUCGCCAUUUCAAACGCCGUAAAUGACCAUGGCGAGAUCUUCCCGGAGAAGCUCUCAUUGGGCUAUCCCAUACCUCUCUCUCGUCCUGCUGUUGUUCCUUGUUUCUCCUGCAUUCUCUGUUAAGCAUCAUGAUUUCAAACGUUGUGACCAGUCUGGUUUCUGCAAACGAAACAGAGCGCUUGCGGACUCUUUCAUCGAAAAAGGAACCUCCGACGGCUCUCCGUAUCAACUAGACGCCGCCUCCAUCAAAUUCAAGAAUGGCCUCCUCCAUGGUUCUGUUGUCAAGACACUGAGAACGGGCGACACAAUUAAGCUACCUUUGACCAUCGCAUUCCUCGAGACCGGAAACGCCAGAGUUACAAUCGACGAGGAAAGACGUCAAAAAGGCGACAUUGAGCUACGACAUGGCAGUGUCGCUCGGAAGGAACGAUAUAAUGAAGCUGGCGCAUGGGCAUUAACUGGAGCUGGACUUCAGAGUCAAAAAACUGCGCAAUUGAAAAAAGGUUCGGACGGAACAAGUGAGGUUUCUUGGGGCCAUAACAGUCGUUUUGAGGCAAUCAUCAGACACGCUCCAUUUGGGAUCGACUUCUACACAGAUGGCGAGCGGCAGGUGGUUUUGAAUGGCCGCGGCUUCCUCAACAUUGAGCACUGGCGCCCCAAGGUGGACAAACCUAAAGAAGAAGAGAACGCUACAGAGCAACAAACACCUACCGAGCCCAUCGAAGACGAAAGCACAUGGUGGGAGGAAUCUUUUGGCGGCAACACCGAUACCAAACCCAAAGGACCUGAGAGUGUAGCCCUGGACAUCACGUUUCCAGGAUACAGCCACGUGUACGGUCUCGCCGAGCAUGCUGGCCCACUGUCUCUUAGGGAGACCCGUGGCGGAGAAGGAAACUACGAUCAACCAUAUCGCAUGUACAACAGUGAUAUCUUCGAAUAUGAGCUGGACAGUCCAAUGACACUGUACGGAUCUAUACCGUUUAUGCAGGCACACAAGAAAGGCUCCUCUGUCGGAGUGUUCUGGCUGAACGCCGCCGAGACGUGGGUGGACAUUACAAAAGCACGACAUGGCACCAAUCCCCUAUCACUCGGGCUCGGGGGCGGCGUGGUCGAUACUAGUACUCACUGGAUGUCAGAAAGUGGUCUGUUGGACGUCUUUGUCAUCCUUGGCAACAGUCCGAAAGAUUUAUCGAAGUCGUACGGGGAAUUGACUGGGUAUACCCAACUGCCUCCGACGUUUGGAAUUGCAUAUCACCAAUGUCGAUGGAACUAUGUCAGCGAUCAAGACGUCAAGGACGUUGAUCGUAAAUUCGACAAGUACAACAUCCCCUAUGAUGUGAUCUGGCUGGACAUUGAGUACACGGACGACAAGCAAUAUUUUACCUGGGACCCUUUGAAUUUUCCAGACCCUAUCAGCAUGGAGCAACAGCUUGAUGAGAGCGAACGCAAGCUUGUUGUCAUCAUUGAUCCCCAUAUCAAAAACAAGGCAGGAUAUACUGUCGGGGAAGAGCUCCAGAACAAGGGCUUUGCAGUGAAAAAUAAGGAGAACAAUAUCUUUGAAGGCUGGUGCUGGCCUGGUAGCUCGCAUUGGAUCGACGCGUUCAAUCCUGCAGCCAGGGCAUGGUGGAAGUCCCUAUUCAGCUUCGACCGGUUCAAAGGUACUCUGCAGAACGUAUGGCUGUGGAAUGACAUGAAUGAGCCAUCCGUGUUCAAUGGACCUGAGAUCACCAUGCCGCGGGACAACAUCCAUCAUGGAAACUGGGAACAUCGCGACGUCCACAACAUCAACGGCAUGACUUUCCACAAUGCCACAUACCACGCUCUGAUUGAGCGCAAGAAGGGCGAUCCUCGUCGUCCCUUUGUGCUCACUCGGUCUUUUUACGCGGGAUCUCAACGGUCUGCCGCCAUGUGGACUGGGGACAACCAAGCUAGCUGGGACCACUUGGCAGCGUCAAUCCCCAUGAUCCUCAACCAAGGUGUGAGUGGCUUCCCUUUUGGAGGAGCCGAUGUUGGUGGAUUUUUUGGAAAUCCCAGCAAGGAACUCCAGGCGCGUUGGUACCAAGCAGGUGCAUUCUAUCCCUUCUUCCGGGGACAUGCGCAUAUUGAUACGCGGAGACGAGAGCCGUAUCUGCUCGGGGAGCCAUAUACUAGCAUCGUGACGCAGGCUUUGCGUUUGCGAUAUGCCCUGCUCCCCGCCUGGUAUACCGCAUUCCACGAAGCGUCAACAGAUGGGUAUCCUAUCCUUCAGUCACAAUACUACGUGCACCCAGAUGAUGAGAAGGGAUAUGCCAUCGACGAUCAAUUUUACCUGGGUUCAACGGGCUUACUGAUCAAGCCCGUGGUGACAGAGGGGGCCGAAAGUGUGGACAUUUAUCUCUCGGACGACGAGGACUAUUUCGACUAUUUCGACUACACUAUCUACCCUGGGGGCUCUCGGACACACACAGUGCAAGCCCCUCUGGAGAAAGUUCCUAUCUUGAUGCAGGGUGGUCACAUCAUCCCACGAAAGGACCGACCACGGAAGAGCUCCGGGUUGAUGAAGUGGGAUCCUUACACUCUGGUGAUUGUUCUCGAUAAAAAAGGUGAAGCCACCGGUACGCUGUACGCAGAUGAUGGAGAAACAUUCGACUACCAGCACGGAGCGUAUGUGCAUCGUCAGUUCACAUUUUCGAACAAUAAGUUGACUAGCUCCAACAUUGGUGCAAAAGGGCCCAAGACAUCUGCGUAUCUCAAGACCAUCAAGGACGUACAAGUUGAAAAGAUCAUUAUUGUCAACGCACCAAGUGAAUGGGCGAAUGAUAAGUUGGUAUCGGUGUCGGCGGUUGGUUCCAGUUCAGCAGACACUGAAUUGAUUUACCAUGGUCCUGCUGGAGGCAAGGCUGGUUGGGCGUUGGUUCGAAGACCUGGCGUAGGCAUUGGGGUCGAUUGGAGCCUCAGCUUCUUGCAGACGUCGUCGAAGAAAAGCGAUCUGUAGCCCUAGAUGAUAGCUGUACCAAUAGUAACAUGAUAUCUCGG